GGAUUUUGGACAGAUGGUAUUUUACGCCUCCACGUAGGCCUCCACACGUGCCUAGCGACCGGCUGCCGGGUCCACCAUAUAGGCAUGUUGAGCCUGCUCGAGGUGGAGGUUGGAGGUUGGAGGUUAGCGGAGGUGGAAGGGUGGCAUGUCGUCGGGUAGGUGGCUGCUCGGUACGGCUGGGAAGGGUGGUCUGCCACGGCUAGGGCCGCAAGAGGCGCCGGUAGGUGGAUAUUGAGCGACGCCGGGCGUCGUGGCGCACUGUGCGGAUCAGUCGCCCUCCAGCCACCGCCCCAGAUACGAGUUCAGCCACUUCCGGCUCUCCUCUUUGCUCGUCGGACGUGCCCCUCUCGGCGACUUCUGUGAUCCCUCGUUUCCUUCCCGCUGCUCGCCGCUAGUUUCCCGCAAGAGCUUUCAGUUUCGUUCGUUGCGUGGAUUCGCGAACAAGAGGAGAGCGUAAACGCUAGAAAUAUGCUGAUCGGUCUCGUGCGCGACUCAGUGCUGCAGUGCUUCUGUCAUAGCUGCAAAGCACCCCUGAGCAUCAUAGCGGGAGAUAGGAGGGGCAAUGCGCCCUUCAAGAAGCCCAGCGGCAAAGGAAAGCCGCGGACUAAGCAGCCGAAGAAAGUGAAGUUCAUCACGACCGAAAUUCGAUGCCAGGAAAAGUCUAAGGGUGGCCUGUGCUACGAGGUAAUUUUGGCUGAGCCAACAGUACCUAAGAGAGCACCAUCGCCGCCGCAGACAAGUUCGACUCAACAAAUCGCUAUCGAAGAUAAGCUUAGAGCGGCCGAGGAGAGAAGACUUUCAUUGGAAGCUCAUAAACUCGCAGCUCUCACCGCUAAGCUUAGCAAAAUUGAAGAGGCCGCUCGCAAAAAGGAUGAACUCAACUCUGCUUUCAUUGCCGCGACUCGCGAGGCUCUGGACGCCAAGAUGAACAACUCCGAGGAGAAACGAGAGGCACAUAUCGCAGAACUGAGGAACAAGCUGAAAGAGCACUUAGAAAGCGUAGAGAAGACUCGCUUGAGUCUCGAACUUGAAACCGAGGAGGUUCGCUGUGCUGCUCAGCGCGACGAAAAUAGGAUGCCUGAUCGUUUCAAGGCGCAUGAAGAACUAGUCACUCGUAUACGCCAAGCAAUAUCUGAGCGCGUGCAACAGGUCGAGGCUCAAAUCCAAGACAAGCUGGAUCAGGCUCGCGAACGUCGCGAGAACAUCGAACGCGAACAAAAGGAGAAGCUGCGUAACCAUAACACUGUGAAGAUAGCAAAAGUGCGUCAGAUGGCGGAUGAGUGCGCCACGAGAGAACUUCUGGCGAAAAAGUUCGAAUUUGACAAGAGGGUUUCUACUGCGGAGCAGAACCGACAGCGAGAGAUUCAACGUCGUGUGCAGGCUAUUCGCCAGCAUGAAAAGCGCGCGGAGAUGGUGAGACAGAACAAAGCAGCUCUGUCUGAACAAUCUGGCCUGCCCGCUGAGAAGGAGACCGCCAGCUCUGGGUAAACAGAAGAUCGUUCUCGAUGAAUGAUAUUUUAACGAGGAUUGCGAUCUCGUGCUUGACGAGACUCCGUUACGCUUUGUGCCAUUUUUUUUGUUCGCUGGAAGAAAAUUUUUUAAAAAACUCGCAAGCGAUUAUAGUAGUUGGAGAGAUUUGCAAUUUUAACGAUCUUAUUUUAUUACAGUGGUUGAGAGACAGACUAAAUCCGUUUAGAAAAAAAAUAUUUAAAAGUCAUUUGAGGAGUCGUUUGCAAGGAACGAUCGACUUGUUUUUUCCCCCUCACUUUGUACUUGUGUAAAAUCACUGCCUUCAUCUAACUACACACUGGUUUGUUAAAAAAAAAAAAGAAAAAAAAUACACAAACAUACGCGUACUAACCUCAGUUUAGAAUACAUGUAAAAUAUUAUUUUUCAGUUCUAAUGUGCCUACCACUUAAACGAUUGUGGAUCUACAAGAUGGCAUUAAAAAAAAUAAUAACUUUCUCUACGUUUGUGAAUGAUUAUGUAUGUUGGAGUAAUUAAUAUUUUACAAUUUCUUUUUAUAUCUCGCUUGUUUUCAAUAUAUUCGCUUCCUUUACAAUGGCUAUGGUGUUAUUGUUAAUUUGAUUAUUUAGUUGAAGAAUCAUUUAUUCGAGUUCCGAGAUCGAAAAGAAGGAUCAUAACGAUCAUCAGAGUCAAGUGUUUUAACAUUUCAUUAUACAAUUUCAUAUGUUUCUCUUGAGUUUUGUCUCUGUUCUUUUUUCCAACUUUUCGGUGUUUCGUUCGUUAAAUGUUUACUUUCAUUCAUAGGAUAAUAAUAGAAUACUACCGCUACAAUUAGAUCUUAAGUGGUAAUUGCGACCAUGUGUGUGUACACGUACCAUACGUAAUAAACGUACCUACGUGUAUGGUAUGUGCCGACAUCUGAGCACACAUAAUAUAUAUGAUAGUGCUUUAUACUAGGCUUGAAAACUUUAAAACCAUUUUGUACUCGAUCAUUGUAAUAUUACUGCGCUAACUGAACAAGAACAUUCACAAGUUAUGUAGUCUAAUUGAAUAUGAUAAUAUGAUGCUUCUGUGAUGACUUAAUUAUAUGUCAAAAUGUGUAGUGUUUAAGUGAGAAUGUGUGAGAAAGGGAGAGAGAGAGCAAGACAUUUAAUUCCUCUACGCUCGUAUGGAUACCGUGGCUAGGGGCCUUAAUUCUCUUUUUUUCGUAUUAUACAUCAUCGCUGGAAGUACUUAAUUUCUAAUGUAAUAACCGUAACCGGGGCAAAGUUUUCGUCAAAUUCCCUUUUCUUAACGAAAUAGACAUCUGGUGGUUUCUCGACCUUCGUAGAUACUCGCAUAUAUUGGGGAAUACCAAAAAACGGGAGGAAACUUUUAGCUCUGGUCACGGUAUCGUCAUAAAACAAAGGGUUAUAAAAAAAAAAAAAAAAUAUGUCGCAGUGAUAUUGCAACCGAUACCCUACGUUCUAGAUAUUGAUAUUAUACAGAAAAUUUUUACAAAGGGCUAUUCGCAGAAAUGUUAACGCGAGAUUAAUAAAAACUAAUUAAGUAAAAAGAGUUCGAAAGGAAAACACUUGAACUCGUACGUCGAGGAAUAUGCAACUUAUAACCUAUAAUGCUGAGUGUCGCGAUUAAUUCGCUACGUGUUACAACGUCAUAAAGAAAGUCGGAUGAUUUCGCAUUUUCUUACAGUUACGAUAGGUGACGAAUAACGUCUAUUUUUGCAUAAUUGUUGUGAUCUUUUGCAAAAUGUAUCUCGUACGAUUAUAAUAUAAAUGCCCGACGUAUGUAUGUUAUGAUUGUCCUUUUCGACUUACGUUAUAAUAUAUAAAUAUAUAUAGAUAUGAUAUGAUCAUUACAAUAUACUAUCGUUUCUUGUGAGCUUUGGUAUUGUCUUAUACUAGACGAAUGAAAAAUCGUGAAAAACCAAUUUCUCAACGAUACAUUGGCUGCCUUCGAUAUUCUUUGUUUAACCUCUUUAGUUGGGAUAAUGUGUGUUCGAAAAAGAACAUGAUUGUGUGAAGUAAAAGGCCGUACCUACACG